AUGAACGCCAUAAGGUCAGCAGCAAGUAUCGAAAAGCAAGAGGGCCAUCGCCAUGUUCGAAUACACCCAGAAUGCCCCCUCUGCGGGUGUUACUUUGAGGUCGGGGAGCCCAUGAUAGCCUUGCUUGGGAAUCGCUCCAAUUCCACCUGUCAAGUGAUUGAUGCCUCGGCGUUUCCCAUAGCCAUUUACUGCAACCAAAAGCCCGGCACGCCCUGGACGUUUUGCCAGCUGCCGAAAUGCGCUAAAUGCACCGCCGAGCUCGAAAGCGUCACGGUGCAUCAGGAUUGCUUCCAGAUAUUUCUCCAGCAAACACGGGCGCACAAACACAUCACCGCAUACAACCUAUGGCACGCCGCACAUGCUCGUUAUCCAUGGCGUGGAUUCUGGCCCUUGCCACAGACCAUCCUGGAUGAGGAUGCGGUCAGUCUCGCCAUGACGCACGCUGCAGCGAACUGGCACAUGCCUCUGGAUAUGCUUCCAAAUGAGCUGUUGCUACUUGUAUGCGAAAAUCUUCGACAUGGCGUCUUUUGGCGCCAUAUUCUCGCCAAAGAGUUUAUUCGCAAGCUUGUUGCCGAAGCCAACAACAUUGAUAGCGUGGAGCGACUCGGCCAGAUAUCAGCAUCUUUCAAGUUUGGACUUGGGCGGCUUUAUCUACAAAAAGGAAUGCGAUCGUUGAGAUCCUGGGACACACCCGGGCCCCCUGUGUUGCCCGACCACCAGUUUUCGCCCGAGCUGCAACCGAUUUGUCCGCGCCUAGGUACCAUCGAAACGCAAAACUCGUUUGGAAUCACCUUUUUCAUUUCCUCUGGCUCGAUCGCAGCAAUCCAUGCGCACACAACGCAAGCACCGUCCGCCUACUCGUGCUUCCAGCGACUCAACCCUGUUAAGAAGAAAUGGGUCGCCUGGAUAUUUGUGCCGACUCGUGGUGGCAUUGAAAAGUUUGGAUUUCGCUCUCCGCUGCUACCUCCUGGGGUAGUCUUGCCUCAUUUUGCAGGCAGCUUGCUUCUGCACAUGAAUAUUUCUGGGGAGGUUGUUCUAGGCCCUUAUUUGCACUACGGCAUGGAUGUGUGGAUGGAAGACGAUCCGACCACCCUGAUACAUGGUAUAUCGCGAAUGGGCGCAGUAUAUCCUUUGGGGACGCCGCCUCAUAAUGAAGAAGGGGAGGAAGUAGAAGUUUUAUACCAGAAUCCGAUGAGUCUGUCACCGCCGUUUGAGCAUGCCUAUUUUUCGCACGCACAGCUGGACGACGUGGCCAGCGUAGAAAUCUACCACGACAAGGCACUGCGAAUAUGCCGGGGUGUCGUUGUUCGGAAGACGAAGUAUCUGCGACCGGGAACGCGCGUGGAGCGGGAUAGCGUCGACAUCGAAUGCAGCACGAACGCGGAACAUGACCACCCGGAGGACGACUGGGCAUGCUGCAAGUUUCCUAGCAGGCUGGAGUGGUGGUUUACAAGCGAAGAGUCGCGGAUAUCUUUCACGCCAGGGCAAAAGGGCUGCAUGUAA